AUUUGUUGCUGCUGCUGCGGCCGUGCGGCCGUUUUCAAUGCCACCGAAUCCUCCAACGGUGCACAAGCAUGGAGUGGAAAUCAUGUAUCUGUGCGACGGCGAGGUCCCAUAUGUCUGCAUGGAGAGCGGGUCGCCCUUCCAUGAGUACGCAUCCAGCAUGCUUCAAUGCGCCCUCAGUAGUGGUACCAAGGCAGAUGGCCUCUAUACCUACUGCAACGAUAAGCGACUCAAUGUCGAACUGAAUAGAUUAAGCAUGAAGCCAGCCGAGUACAUGGUGGCGCAGGUGAAACAACCGCGCAUGGAACAUGUCAAAGCUGUUGGCGGCACCAAGCGUUCUUUGUUGAUCGGCCUGGUCAUUAGUAUUGUGAAUAGCAAACUCGUCCCACUCUCCGAGUUGUGGGAGCUCAUGGAUUCCUACGGCUUGCGCAGACAAUUCGAGGAGCUUCUGGUUGCAGCGCCGGCGCCGACGUUUUCGGCGAAAAAACGGACGGAGAAGGCGUCGAAGGCGUCGUCCAAUGGGUGGGAGGGCAAGUGGAAAGACGAUUGGGGCUCAGGAGAAUGGGAAGACUGGGGCAAGUGGAAAGACAAGAGCUCCGGCUACGACAAUAGCUAUGGCAGUUAUGGCAGCUAUAGCAAGUACAGCUAUGACUACAAAGAUUGGUCCAAAGCCAGUCGAAGUCGUUCGGCACCCAGAGGUGACUCCUUCAAGCCUGCACAGAGCCAACGAUCGGCCUCUCAAGGUACUGAGAGGAGUCACAAGAGUGCAAAGUUCAGCAGAUCCGUCCACGCAGACGGUGAAGAGCCGAAAGGUGAGAAAGGUGGCGACGAAACCGAGACUUGGAAGGAGCCUACAAAGAAGAAGCCUCGCACAGAGAUCCAGGCCCCUGAGCGACCAGAGCGAGAAGUUUCAGGGGCUAGCCUCUUCAAGGAGGCGAUUGCCACUCUCCCUGAGACUGUCUACGGUCACGAUGAUCGUCACGACGACCGAGAAGCGCCGUGGAUAGGUGGGCCGCCCGGGCCCGGUGGGCCUGGUGCUCGGCGGAGAGAAGGAACCAACGGAAGGUCCACUCCCGAAGUCUCGGACAAACCCUUGGAGGGCAAAAACAGCGAUGUGGAGCGGCCCUUUAUGCGAUUCGAUGGCUCCCCACGGGCAGAGGAUGUACGACCACUGCCUGUGUUGCGCGAGGCUUUCUCGCGAGCAAAGGAGCGCUGGGAGAGUAGCAGGGACUGGAGCUACGUGGGAGAGAUGCUGCGGAGCAUCCGGCAAGACUUGACCAUUCAGAUGGUGCAAGACGCUUUUGUUGUCGAGGUUCAUGAAUAUUGGGCCCAAGUGGCACUGGAGUUUGGUGACUUCAAACAGUUUGACCAGGCAGCUGCUCAAUUGGAGGUCUACUACGUGGAUCCCACUUUGGAAAGUGGCGCAGGGAAGGUGCAAGAAGUCCUUGCCUGGCGCCUGCUGUAUUUCACCUUGGAGGGAGAAGGUUUAGCCACGACGGAGUUUCUGCGGCGCUUUUGGGGGCGCUUGGACAACAGUCCAGUGGUCAAGUUCGCUCGAAGGCUCCGUAGAGUCAUGAGCCAGCGAUGUUUCUCGCAAGCAAUCAAGUUGCUGUCCACGAUCCUCGGCUCCGAAAG